AGGGUGGAAGUAGGCGGGCGGAGGAGCGUCAAGGCAGAGAUGCCGUGUGCACCGAGAAACUGCCGGAAGACAUACAAAGUACCGCGGCGGCCAUUCGAGUCGGCACGGCUGGACGCAGAGCUACGGCUCUGCGGGGAGUACGGGCUGCGGAAUAAGCGUGAGAUCUGGCGGAACUUGCUUAUCCUGUCAAAGAUCCGGCGAGCGGCACGUGAACUGCUGACGCUGGAGGAUAAGGAUCCACGACGGCUGUUUGAGGGCAACGCGCUGAUCCGCCGGCUGGUGCGCAUUGGCGUGCUGGACGAAACAAAGCGCAAGCUCGACUAUGUCCUGGCGCUGCGGAUUGAGGACUUUCUGGAACGGCGACUGCAGACACAGGUAUUUAAGCUGGGACUUGCAAAGAGCAUCCACCAUGCACGGGUGCUAAUCCGUCAACGGCACAUCCGUGUGGGGAAGCAGAUAGUGAAUGUGCCGUCGUUUCUUGUGCGGCUCGACUCGCAGAAGCAUAUUGACUUUGCGCUGAACUCGCCCUUCGGGGGUGGGCGUCCGGGGCGGACGCGGCGCAAGAAGCUUGCAGCUAAGGCGGACGGGGACACGGCGGAGGAGGAGGAGGAGUAG